AUGCUUGCUAUCCUUUUUGUGGCCUUGAGUGCCCUGACCUUGAGCCAUGCUAUUCCCCAGGGAAUCGACUUUGAUCUAGUCCUCGCUGCGCCGAAGCCGACGACCGUCUCGCAAGAUAUCGGUGCCGUCAGCCAGAUUGUCUCGAUCAACAUCGCUGCCUUGGUCGCGCAGGCCACCGCCGUGAGCAGCGUCACGGUCUCACUCAACGGCGCAGCGACGGGGAAAGUGUCAUCACCAAAGCGGGACGUUGGGGCUCGUGCUGCAUGUGCUCCGCAACCAGCUGGCGCUGCUGAUGCUCCAGCCUACUCACCCGACACGGCGUCUGCAUUCCGCGCUCAGGGAUCAUUCAAAUCGAUUGCGACCUCCGCGCCGGUUCCGUCGGGCUACAGCAAGGUUUUGGAUGGCCUCAGUGGCUCCACAACAAUUGCGUACGGUUAUCUAGGCUUCUCUACGCUCAGUUGCUACGACCCAGUGGAAUGUGCGAACCGAUGCAACAAAGUCUCCGGCUGUGCGGCUAUCAACAUCUUUUACGAGCGUGAUCCGAGCCUCGAGCCGGGCAACGGCUGUACCAAUCCCAAGUCUGUAACGAGAGUGAAAUGCGCGUACUACGGUGUGCCAAUCGAUGCAACUAGUGCCACCAACAAGGGCCAAUUCCGCGCGGGAUUUGAGGUCGCGAUCGCCGGCUCGAAUGGAUAUAUUUCACACACUAUCGCCACGCCGAAUGGAUACACUAAGCCGACCUACCUCGGAAACGCCGCGAUCGACGCACUCGCCGAUUCGGCCGGUUGUUAUACUUACUUGGGUGCAAAGGUCUUCACCCAAGGCGCCUUUAACAUUAGCUUAUGUGCGGAAUAUUGCUCUUCUCAAAGUCGAUACAACCUGGGGAACCCUCCGAAAGAUGGUAGCCCGGUGCAAACCUGCCAAUUUUUCAACACUUACGUACUAUACGUAAACAAGACUAGCAAUACUCGUGGUCAAUACUGUGCUAUCUACUCGGAGUCGUGGCCGGCUUCAUAUGCGACAAACAAGGGACAAUACCGAGGUUCUGAUCACUAUUUGAUUAUGAAUUCUUAUUCCUCCAGCAACGCUACCCAACCCUGGCCUAAGCCCAAAUCAACAGUGCGCCGUCGCGCAGGCGAGCAAGAGCAUCGUUUCAAGCACCCUCCAACCGGCCUGCUUUGACUAUCUCGGUUACAAAACUUCGGUCAUUCUGCAGACGACCGUUAUUGGCACCAGCACUCCGCUCACAACAGUAACGACUACAACUACGACCAGCGAGACCACUUUCACGGCCACGACGACUACCGCACUCGAGUCCAU